AUGGAUCUUGAGCCUGGUACUAUGGACAGUGUUAGAACUGGAUCUUAUGGUCAAAUCUUUAGACCUGAUAACUUUGUUUUUGGGCAAUCUGGUGCUGGGAAUAACUGGGCUAAAGGGCAUUACACUGAAGGAGCUGAGCUUAUUGAUGUUGUGCUUGAUGUUGUUCGUAAGGAGGCUGAGAAUUGUGACUGUCUUCAGGGUUUCCAAGUAUGUCACUCGCUUGGUGGAGGCACAGGGUCUGGAAUGGGAACUCUGCUGAUAUCUAAGAACAUUCAGGAACGAAUGUGA